AUGGAUAAGCACNUGAGUAUAUUGGCAAANCAACAUAUUGAGACACGUUUUGUGAAGAUCCAAGCUGAGAAAAGUCCNUUNUUANCUGAGAGACUCAAGAUUGUUGUUCUUCCAACUCUUGCCCUCAUAANGAACACUAAAGUCGAUGAUUAUGUGGUUGGGUUCAAUGAGCUAGGAGGGGAAGACGAUUUUCAGAAUAUGAUGAUUUUCAAUGGAUUUUCUCGUUCCUUGGGAGGUAAAGUGACUUUGCAGUUCAUGGAGAGUUGUGCUCAUGGUGAUUAUGGUGAAUCCGCUUCUCCCCCUAAACAGGUACUUAGGAAGAAAGUGAUUCCACCUUCUUGA